CCUCGACACCAGCCUGGACUCCGCCGCGUCGCAGAGGCAGAACACCCAGGGGCACUCCUCAGGCAACGACUCCGAGUGGGUGGACAUGACGGACGCGGAGCUGCAGCGCAUCAUGAAGAAGGGAGGCGAGAGCAAGGCCAGCGGCGGGGGCCUCGUGCGGCGCGAGUCCCUGGCCGCCACGCCGCCCCUGCCCCCGCUCUCGCCCGAGGGGUCCCCGCAGGCGUCGCCGCAGAACUCCCCCAGCAGGCACAGAAAAUACAACUUAUCCUACAGCGUUGGCGGCCUGAACAAGCCAGACCUGCUGGAGGCGGCGGGGCGCGACGGCCGUGCAGGAGGCGAGGGGCGCGCCGGGAACAGCUCCCAGGGCAGCUCCCAGUCCACGCCCCGAAGAGGAGGCCCGACGCAGACGCAGCAGCACUCGCACGCAGGGAACGCCGCGCCCUCGGGAGGAGGCGGCGGCACCAGCAACCACAGGGCCACAGGAGGACCCUCAGGAGGCUGGUCUCGAAGGAAGGAGGAAGAACGGCAACGCAGCGCCAAUCACGAGCCGCUCACGAAGAACAAGAAUAGAAUUAAUUUAGAGCCUCUCCUGACCCUAGGCCCGAGCGCCGGGGACCUGGACGCGGGCGAGAUCACCUCCACCACGGACGCCCUCGACCUCGACUCCAUGCUCGACGGAGGGGAGGCCACGGAGGCCACCAGCGACGACGACGCCACCUCCGCCUACGACCCCGACGUCCACCUCAUCAGGAGGCAGCUGGAAGGCCUCGAGGGAAUGUACUCCGAGGUCCUGAAGCUCCUGGGAGGAGGCCGACGCGGCGGAAGACAUCUCCAUCGGGGACCUGAAGACCUCCCGAAGACGCAUGCACGGGUCGCUGUCCUCGCUGCCUUCGUCGAUCAUGUCCUCGCGCCCCGGCAGAGACAAGCGGCGGGUGAUAGACGACAGGGUGAGGAAAGGCGGGAGAGAUAACGGAAAGUCUAUUCACAAGAGGUUCCAACGCCUGGAGAGUCACGUGGUCACCCUGGCCCGCAGUGUUGCCCACCUGAGCUCAGAAAUGCGGACACAGCACCUCAUGUUCCAGGAGAUCGAGAGCAUCCGCGGCGAGGUAGCAGCCCUCAGGACCCGCGGGCCGAGGAGCUGCGCACGUGUCCUGGGAGUCGUUCCGAGCGGGGAUUCCUGGCCUCUCGAACCCCGGCAGAGUCAAGAAGCUCACGCAGUUCUUCGGGGAUGAGCCGCCCCUCGUCCGCAUCUUCCUGAGAAAGCUUGGCUAUGAGAAAUACGCCGGGCUGUUUGAGCAGGAGAAGAUCGGGAUGCUGGAGCUCCCUUAUCUCACGGAGGAGAGGCUGCAGAAGAUCGGCAUCCCUAUGGGCCCACGCCUGCGCAUCCUCCAGGAAGCUCAGGGACCCAUAAGGAAAGAAGGGAAUUUAAGUGUAUAUGUGGUGUAGAAAAGGAUGUUUGUAUUGUAAGGGAAGGGU